AUGGAACCCACUGAUUCUUCCAAACACCAACUCGGAGCUUCCACAACCGCCGCUCUCGACGAAGAUCAUCAUCCCUCUUUUCUCGGCAUCGAUCUCAACGAAAUCCCUACCGGCGCUGGUUGCACCUCUGUCCACCAUGACGACGGAGACUAUGAGCCUGUUGAAGUCGUUAGGUCGAUUCACGAUAACCCCGACCCUGCUCCCGGCGCCCCUGCCGACGUCCCUGGCCCCGAUCGGGAUGCCGCGUGCGGCGCCUGUGGAAGGCCCGAGUCGAUUGAGCUCGUUGCUGUCUGCGACGCUUGUGAGCGAGGCUUUCAUCUCUGCUGUGUUAACGACGGAGUGGAGGCGGCUCCUUCCGUUGAUUGGAUGUGCAGAGACUGUGUUACCGGCGGCGAGAGGAGCAAGCUGUGGCCGUUGGGGGUGAAGUCCAAGCUCAUCCUUGAUAUGAACGCCUCGCCGCCUAGUGAUGCCGAGGGAUACGGAGGCGAGGAUACAUCAGAUUCGAGAAGGCAUAUGCUGGCCAGCACUUCUUGCAUGGACAACUCUCUUGAGUAUUCAAUGACGCAUUCAAGCUCUUUGAACCCUGGUAGAGGACAUGCUACUCUCGAAGCUUCAGGGAUGAUGUCUCGCAAUAUUAAAAUGACUGUGGAUGCAUUGGAUUCGCGUUCUUUAGGUUUUGGUUUUCCAUUAAGCCUGAGCAACAGUAGUUUCCCCAUUAGAUUUCCAUCCGUGGAUCCAAGCGAGCUCUUGCUGCACAAUCUCAGGCGUUUCAUAUCUGAAAGGCACGGAGUAUUAGAAGAUGGUUGGCAUGUCGAAUUUAAACAACCUUUAAAUGACUAUCAUCUGUGUGCUGUGUAUUGUGCUCCGAAUGGAAACACAUUUGGUUCAAUACAAGAUGUUGCUUGUUAUCUGGGCUUGGCAGUUAAUGAUAACUAUAGCUGUAUGGAUGCUGAAAUCAGGAAUGGGAGUUCUCUUCUUCAAGAAAAAUUGCAUAUGUCCAAGAGAAGAAAGACUUCGAGAUGGCCAAACAAUGGUUUCCCCGAGCAAAAGGGUAGUUCAAGGAAUGCUCAGCGCAGGCGUUUUCCAUUCUGUGGUCAGACGAGGACCACUUUCGACGUUUCACCUGGUACUCUUUUUCAGGCUGGUGAAUCGCUUAGCUCUGAGAAUAAUGGAUGCGGUUGUGAAGAAGCUAAUAAAGGACUUCCGAUGCAGUUUGGAGAUUUCUUUGUGCUGUCGCUUGGACGAAUUGACACAAGACAGUCUUACCACAAUGUCAACAUGAUUUAUCCUAUAGGAUAUAAGUCCUGCUGGCAUGAUAAGAUCACAGGGUCUUUAUUUACAAGCGAGGUAUCUGAUGGCAGUUCUGGACCUGUCUUCAAGGUUACACGGUCACCAUGCUCUAAAUCAUUUAUUCCAAUUGGAUCACUUGUCUUAUCCUGCCCAAAGAUUGAUGAAAUGGUGGAACAGAACAUUGGCAACCGAAGUAAUCGCAGAGAUAGUCCUCAAGAGCAUGACGAAGACACUGUUGAGAUCCUUCUUUCAGAUCUGUCCCCACCUCUUGAAGAUGAUAUAUUGUCUUGUUUACGUGAGAAGAACUUAUCCAAGACAUUAAAGUGCCUGCGCUCGGAAGUUGGUUCUUCUCAAGUAGACUUUCAUAAAACUUCAUCCUAUAAUCAGGAGAGUGAGGUUGAUAUUGGCGAUAUUGUUGUGGAAGAAGAUUCAUUGUCUGUUGCAUGGAAAAAGGUUUCUCAAAAACUUGUUGAUGCAUGUUCCAAUGUCCUGAAGCAUAAGGGAACCAUGAGCUUCCGUUGCAAGCAUGUUGACAGAGAAACAAGGGAAAUCAACUGGGAUAUGAUAAAUGAGCAAGACAGUGUAGUUUUAUAUUUGUCAAGGUUUUUCUGUUCUUUGGCUCCUCGCAUUGCUAUAUGUGGUGAAAAGGAUAAUAGCAAGAUUGCAACUCUAGUUAGUGCUUUGUCAACGUGGCUGGAUCAAAGUAGAUUUGGACUUGAUGCUGAUUUUGUACAAGAAUUGAUUGAACGUAUGCCUGGUGCCGAAUCAUGUUCAGAUUAUAGUUUUCUGAAGAGUAGAAUAUCUUCUGUAACUGUAGCAGAAGGUGCGCUAGUUGUCGAACCAAAAGGUGGAGACAAUAUAAAGGGAGAAGUUUUUGGUGAGAUUACUCGGAAAGCGAAGAGGCCUAAACUAAAUGGUGGUCAUGGUUUCAGAAAUCCACACCCUCCUCCCGGUAGGCCUAUGUGUUUGAGGCUUCCUCCUGGGCGUGUUGGUGACUUCCUUCAGCUAUCUGAAGUUUUAUGGCGUUUCCGUGAAAUUUUGGGUUUGGGAGAGUCUUUCUUACCUGAGAAGCUUGAAAAGGAGCUUGUCAAUCCAGUGCUCGAUGGUUUGCUUCUUGACAAAUCUGGGAAAGAAGCCAACAGAAGUGAGAUGAACCUUAGUGAUAAGGAUUGUAGAGUUACUGAAAUUUUUUCUGUGUUCGAUGAUAGUCAACCCUUUUCUUCGGAAAAUACCUCUGCUUCUGUACUAAAGGAGACAAAAGUAGGAGAUUCUCGUUGGCCGUGCUUGGGUGCACUUCUAACAAGGACUCACAUUUCGGUUCUGCAAGUGCUAAUAUGUGAGCUGCAAUCCAAGGUAGCUACAUUUGUUGAUCCAAACUUUGAUUCUGGAGAAUCGCGAUCCAGACGAGGACGGAAAAAGGAUGACAGUACACUUUCUGAUAAGAGAAAUAAGCUGCAUAUGCUUCCUGUUAACGAGCUCACUUGGCCUGAAUUGGCCCGUAGGUACAUCUUGUCUCUUUUAUCAAUGGAUGGGAAUCACGAAUCAGCAGAGAUUGCUGCCCGUGAAAGUGGUAAGGUAUUCCGUUGCUUACAAGGGGAUGGUGGUUUGCUUUGUGGUUCACUUACAGGAGUGGCUGGGAUGGAAGCCGAUUCAAUGUUACUAGCAGAGGCUUCUAAAAAAAUAUUUGGUUCUUUGACAAGAGAAAAUGAUGUUAUUUAUGUGGAAGAUGAUGAUUCUGACGACCUUGGUGCUACUGAGACAAACGCUUGCAAUGGUGAUAUUCCAGAGUGGGCACUGGUACUGGAACCUGUGAGAAAACUUCCAACAAAUGUUGGGACUAGAAUCAGAAAGUGUGUCUACGAGGCUUUAGAGAGAAAUCCACCAGAGUGGGCAAAGAAGAUAUUGGAGCAUUCCAUCAGUAAAGAAGUAUAUAAAGGCAAUGCAUCCGGACCAACAAAGAAAGCUGUCCUCUCAUUGCUAGCGGAUGUUCGAGGUGGAGAUUUGGUGCAGAGUUCUGUUAAAGGAACCAGAAAGAGGACGUCUAUUGGUGUAUCUGAUGUCAUUAUGAAGAAAUGUCGUGCUGUGUUGCGUGAUGUUGCAGCUGCAGACGAGGACAAAGUAUUUUGCACUUUACUGGGGCGAAAGUUACUGAAUUCCAGUGAUAAUGAUGAUGACGGACUCCUGGGAUCACCUGCAAUGGUUUCACGUUCCCUAGACUUCAGAACUAUAGAUUUGAGGUUGGCUACUGGUGCAUAUGACGGAUCAACUGAAGCUUUUCUUGAGGAUGUUCUUGAGCUGUGGAGUUGUAUACGUGCUAUGUAUGCAGAUCAGCCUGAUUGUUUAGAACUGGUUGAAACAUUGUCUGAAAAGUUUAAGUCAUUAUACGAAGCUGAGGUUCUACCACUUGUUCAGAAACUUAUGGACUACAGAAAAUUGGAAUGCACUACAGAGAUGACAAAGGAAAUUAAGGACAUAGUUGUUUCAAUAAGUAAGCUUCCCAAGGCCCCGUGGGAUGAGGGGGUGUGUAAAAUAUGUGGUGUUGACAAAGAUGAUGACAGUGUUCUCUUGUGUGAUACAUGCGAUGCGGGGUAUCACACAUAUUGUUUGAAUCCACCUCUUAUUAGAAUUCCGGAUGGAAAUUGGUAUUGUCCCUCAUGUGUCAUUGCCAAGCGCAUGGCUCAAGAUGCGUUGGAAUCUUACAAACUAGUCAGACAGCGGAAAGGUAGAAAGUAUCAGGGGGAACUUACCCGAGCUUAUAUGGAACAGACGGCUCACCUGGCAGAUGUGAUGAAAGAAAAAGACUACUGGGAGUUCAGUGCCGAGGAGAGAAUUCAGCUGCUUAAGUUUCUAUGCGAUGAACUGCUUAGCUCCUCCCUUGUUCAUCAACAUCUCGAGCAGUGUGCCGAAGCGAUAAUUGAAAUGCAGCAGAAGUUGCGCUCUCUUUCUUCAGAAUGGAAAAACACGAAAAUGCGGCAAGAAUUUUUGAGGGCUAAACUCGCAAAGGUUGAACCUAGUAUUAUAAAGGCAAUGGGCGAACCACAAAAUUCAAGUAGCUUUGCAGACCACAAUGGAGACCGGGUUACUCAUGAUGAUGACUCUUCCCGUGCCGCAUUUCUUAACAAUAAUCAGGGGAAAGCUCUGCUUGAGACUGAUGCUCAAACCGGAGUGUCAAAUGUCAUUUCUUGUGCGAGCAAUAUUUCCAGCCCAGAAAAAGCUACGUCCCCUGGGAGGCAUGAGUUGCCAAUAGAAGUAACGGAUAAUAUGUCUUGUGAAGAAGAAGAUACCACAGAGACCUUGCAAACAUCAGUUGGAAGGAACGAUGAAACACAGUGUCUAAAACCCGAUGCAGUGGAAUUGCAGACAGCUAAUGAUGCAUCUUCUGUGGCUUUCCAAGAAUUGCAGGCUUGUCAACGGGAUUUGAAUGCCGCUAGCAAUGAAAUAGAGAAUGUGCAGCAAUCAAUAAGAAGCAUAGAAGCACAACUUCUAAGGCAAUCUAUACGAAGAGAGUUUCUAGGAAGUGAUGCUAGUGGUCGUUUAUAUUGGGGUUGCAGCUUCCCAGAAGAACAUCCUCGUAUUUUGGUUGAUGGAUGCAUGUCUUUGCAGAAACCUGUACAAGUUGACCCGACAGGUUCAAAAGUUUCCUCCCCAUUUCUCCGUGACAUUGACCAUGGAAGACUAAUGGUUUCACCCUGGACCUGUUAUGAAACUGAAGCGGAGAUCAGCGAGCUUGUCCUAUGGCUUCAUGAUGACGACCUGAAAGAAAGAGACCUGAGAGAGUCUAUUUUGUGCUGGAAAAGGUUACGAUUUGGGAAUCUGCAUACGGAAAUAAAACAAGCUCAGAAUUCGUCCUCUCCAAAGUUGGCUGGGAAUCUUGUGACGAAGGCUGCCAUGUCAAUGGAGAAGAGAUAUGGUCCAUGCAUUAAACUAGAGACCGAAACCAUAAAAAAACGGGGGAAGAAGACUAAGGUUGCAGAGCUAGAGAAACUGUGUAAAUGCGAAUGCUUGGAAUCCAUUUUGCCAUCCAUGAUUCACUGCCUCAUAUGCCACAAAACAUUUGCAAGUGAUGAUGAAUUUGAGGAGCACGCCGAGAAUAAGUGUAUUCCUUAUUCAUUAGCAACUGAAGAAGGCAGGGAAAUUUAUGAUUCUUCGAAAGCAAAAGAGAGCCUGAAAUCUGAUCAUCUUAGUUUAAAGUCUAACGCUGGCAAAGAAGUAACUGAAACAUCCAAUGUUUCUGAACUUGAUUCUGGGUUGAUAAGAUAUCAUGGAGAAGAAUCUAUUUCCCCAUACCAUUUUGAGGAGAUCUGUUCUAAGUUUGUGACAAAGGAUUCUAACAGAGAUUUGGUUAAAGAGAUUGGUCUGAUCGGUUCAAAUGGAAUUCCAACAUUUCUUCCGGUGCCAUCUACUCAUUUUAACGACUCAGUGCUCAUAUCUGCCACUUCCAGCAAGCUAGAUGGUGGUAAUUCAGGGGGUCGGGUGAUUUUUACUGGUUCUGAAGCCAAUGGGGAAGACUUGAAUUCUGAAUCUAGCAUGUGUGUCGAUAGAUUUGUCACAAAUGAUAUCCGCGGUCCGCUGAAUAAACCGAGUGGAAUGGAUUUUGGCUUCUCAGAGCAAAAGAACGAGAAAACUUCAGGUAGUAGGUUAAAAGGCUGCUGUGUGGUUCCACAGGCUUCGUUGAAACGUAUUACGGGCAAUGCUUUGCCGGUUUUCAGGUUCCUUAAAACCAUAUUGCUUGAUAUGGAUGUGGCACUACCUGAAGAAGCUUUAAGACCAUCGAAAUCACAUCCAGACCGUAGACGAGCUUGGCGUGCAUUUGUUAAAUCCGCACAAAGCAUUUUCGAGUUGGUUCAGGCAGCAAUUGUGGUAGAAGACAUGAUUAAGACAGAGUACUUAAAAAAUGAAUGGUGGUACUGGUCUUCUCUUUCAGCGGCUGCUCAAAUCUCGACGCUAUCUGCGUUAUCCGUACGUCUCUUCUCCCUGGAUGCAGCUAUUAUGUACGACAAAAGCGUAACUCAAUCAGAUCCGAUGGAUGAGACAAAUCCCUUACCGGACCAAAAGUCACAAGCUGUUUCAGAUACACAAGAAAGGAGCAGCAGAGCAAACAGAAGAUCUGGUAAGAAGAGGAAAGAACCAGAGGGAUCAUAAUAACUUACUACACUAGUAGAAAAGCUUCAGCCCGCAAGAACAUGAAAUGAAGGGGUGUUUUUUUUUUAAAAGUGGAGCCAAUGCGUGUGUGUGUGAAGAGAUAUGGGGGGCAAUGUGUUAAUCUGGAAGGGGACCUGGAACUACCAGGAUGUUGAGAACUGGUUUGGUGGUUCAUCAAAGAGAAGUCCGGUUUAGAUAUGUCUUGCAAUGGAAUAGCAGUUGAAGGUGGUUUAACAGCUAGGAGAGAAUUGUGUACCCAUACAUCUAUAUAAUGUAGAAGACUAACUAAUGUGGAUAGAAUUAAUUUUUAGUAUUAAAGCCGCUCCUUAGACAUUAACUGAUGGUAGGAACGCAAACUUCGGUUCUUUAUAAAUCUAUCUCUCUCUCACUUAUAAAACUGUGAGAGGGGCUUUAAUCUUC